CUGAUCCAGUGACGGUUUAUAUAACGUAAUACAUCAGUAAGGAGUUAAACAAGGAGGUAUACUGUGCCACUAUUUGUUCAUGUAAUAUAUCGAUAGGAAUGGAUACCAAAAGCAUUAUUGCAGCUUUAAUUUGGGCAAUAGUAUGUGCUGGUACCAUUUCCGGUCAUACUGUGACGUCGGUUGAAACAAAAGUGGGACUCAAAGACCCAGUGCUAAAUGAGGUUACAGCUGAGAACAUUUUACCUGCGGAGAACAUAACACCUAUUGAGAACAUAUCUUCAACUGUCACAACUCCGAGACUCCUGUUAAAUACAACAGAGUCUGUUUCUGCUACGAUGCCAGUCACGACAGAUAGUUCUCUUAGUCCCGGAAAAACUUCAACGAAAAUCGUUGUGACCACAAGGCAGCCUGAGAAUUGUAUGGUAUCGAGAAAAGAAAACUUCAUUGCGUGUUUUGAGGGACUCGGCAAUAAUGCAAUGAAAUACAUAGCAACACUAAACCUUACUGGAUUUCUUGAUGAUAUUUGCGAUGUCAAUAGGUCAAAACCAUUUAUCGAGUGUAUUCACCGCCACUUCCAAGAAUGUCCGGACUUUCUCAACAGAAUCGAAGUGCAAGCGUUACAGUUUGGACCCUAUCAUAUCAAGGACAUCCAAUACUUCAGUACUAUUGACCAAAUGUGUUCGUGUUCAACAGGACUGAUUUGCAUACAAGAAUUAAUAAAAGUAAAGAAUACACAGAAACUCACGAAUCAAGUACCUAAUUCACCUUGGCUUAAGCUACCAAAUUAUAAGACCAUUUGUGGAAAAGAUACUUCCCGGUAUAUUGGGUGCGUGCGCAAGAACCUACGACAAUGCCAAUCUCCUCUUACGAAGCGGUACGGAAUCGACUUCACCAACGAGGAUGCUGAAGAUAUCAAAAGAAUGUACGACUUUACGAAAGAACAUUGCGAUGCGAUAAACGAAGAAGGUUUCAAUGAAAAUUAUAAAUGCAUUGAAGAGAAAUCCACAUCUGAUGAAUUCAGAGAAUGUAUCAGUGCCACAGACAACUUACCCAGUUCCAGAAAAAUAUGCCGGAUACGAGAUUGUGUUCACGAUAUAUUAGAAGACAAAUGCCACUCCAACCAGCUUGUUCCGCUCUACAUUGAUGCCGUCAACAUUUACCGUCGGGAUUCUGUCCGGUUACUUAACAAACAAUGCUCUAGUGCUACAGACAUUGGGCUUUCAAUAGCCGCUAUACUUGUUGCUAUUUGUAUUGUAUUUAUUGUCUGAUUGUUUUAUUUUUAAUUCUCUUAACUUUGUCAAUCUCCGCCACUAUCUCGCGAGACUGGCUGAAUAAGAGAACUCGCGGAUUGAUAUCCAUUUAGGGUAGAAUGCAUUUACUUUGUGAACAUUUGAAAUACUCUUCUGAGAAUUUGCCACACUAUGUGCGGUCAGUUCUUGUCAAAAUAUGCCAGCAUAGCUUCAUGAGCGUUUCACAGAAAUCCAGUAAAAUCAAUCAAUAAGUAAAAACAUGAUCAAACAAUCAAUCGAUUAAUCAUAUAGCUUUUUCACUAUGUUUGGCGUUGUUUUUCUUCAAGAAAUGGACACCGGUUGCCAAUACUGCAAGGUCCCUAAGAAUCGCGAUACUGCAAGCUACCCAAGAAUCGCUGGUACUGCAAAUUACUUAAGAAUCGCCGGUAAUGCAAGUUAACUACGACAACCAUGUCAUUAAUUUACAGACAUACUACACAGUUAAGUUUUCUUCCAAACACUACGCUUUUAAAAAAGCAUGUUAAGGUAGAUCGAAAUUUUUUCUACAAUGUAGAAUUUGAUUAAACUCUGAUUUUUCAAAACUUCAGAAUAUACUAAGAAAAUUCAGCAAAUAAAAAAGAUAGGGUCGUGUGCUUGAUUUUUUGCUAGACUGAUUUGAAAAAUUUCGGCCUCAUGCAAGUUUUCGUAAUGGGAGUCUAUGGGAAAAUCGCAACUUUCAUAACAUUUUCGCGAAUAGAAAUUUUUCUACAAUGUAGAUUUUAAUGAAACUUCUCAUAGUUGUAAAUAAAUAUAUGGCCUACAAUAAGGUGAAAUAAAAUGUAUAGGUC